AUGAAGCCAUCAAGAUUGAAAAAUCAUUUAUCAAAAAUUCAUUCCGAUAAACUAGACAAACCACAUUCGUUUUUUCAGGCUCUUAAAGCAAAAAUUGAAAAACGAUCUACUGUGAAUAGUUUAUUUAAAAAACAAACAUCUGAUUUUGAUAAAGGACUUGUAACUUCGCACAAGGUGUCUUUAUUGAUAGCAAAAAACAGUAAACCUCAUUCAAUCGGCGAAACUCUUAUUUUACCGGCUCUCGAGGAAAUAAUCGAUACUAUGCAAGGAAAGNUGAUAGCAAAAAACAGUAAACCUCAUUCAAUCGGCGAAACUCUUAUUUUACCGGCUCUCGAGGAAAUAAUCGAUACUAUGCAAUAA